AUGGAAACUCGCUGUGUCUUAACGAAUGAGACGAGCCAGGACGACGUUCGCGGAUCAACGAAGGAAGGGGUUGAGGCGCAAUUGGCGACAGUGUGCUUGGACCUGUCAAGCGAAAGCAGAAUACCCGCGUUAGACGACGGCAAGCUCCACACCCAACGUCGAACAGAAGUGGAGGAGGAACGCGGAGAUGUCAAGGAAGAAGAGAGAGACAAGGGCAAGGGCAAAGAACGAAAAGUGGCUCUUCGUGGCUCCGGCAAAUCUCCACCACGACUGAAGGGAAUCGACGAGCGACUGUGCAACGAGAGAGAGAGAACGCGGAUAAAAAAAAAAGAGAGUGAACGUGAUGGAGCAGCCAAGAGGGGCAGUAGAGGGGUAAGAGGGUUCAGGAACGGUCAGGAACAAAAUGGGAAAAAAAUGGACUUGGAGGGGGUCGAGAGAUGGAUAUGUUUCCUUUUUGGCUUUUGGACGGGAGCAGAGUGGGAACCCGAUUUUGCCUUUUUUUUCUAA